CGCUCAAUUAGAACACUCAAGGUCGUCGGGGGGCUUUGUGAUCGCAAGAUUUUACUAUCGAAUACGCAGUAUAGUCAAGUCGUUUUUUCGAAAUUGGGUUGGGUACUCCAUGUAACUACAUGAAUGCAUAAUGUGGUUAACAAAUAUUAUUGAUUGAUAUCAGCUUUCUGAAAAUGAGACAGCUCAUGCAAUAUUUUAAAAGUUAAAAAAUAAGUAGCCUGGAAACUAUAAAAUUGUACAUAUUCCAGAUUUUUUGCUGACGUUAACGCGAUGAAUUUUUCAUGUUUCAGAUAUGUAUAUGAGAGACUAUAUUAUUCAUCGCUAAUCAAAUGUUAGAAGAACGACUACAUUUGGAGUUGGAAAAUCUAAAAACUGAUCUGACAGUGACGGCUCAGCAACUGAAUGCCAAAACACAAGCAGUUUCAAUUUUGAAUGCCUCAUUGGAAAAGUGCAAAAAAGAGAGAAAUGAAUUCAAGAGAAUGGCAGAACAGGUAAUGAAUCGAUACCAGAUGCUCAAAAAAACUCUUAUGGAAUGUGAUAAAGCAGACCAAUGUUCUACCCCUGAUAUAAUGCAUUUAUCGACUAAACAGCUUGCUUCUUUGUUAGUUGAAAGCAGAGAAGCUAACAAAAGUUUAGAACAUGAACUAAUGAAUUCUCGCGAAAAAAUUGAAGAACUCCAAGGAGAUAUUAAGGUGUUGAGGAGACAACUUAGCGAUCGUUCAUGUGAAAAUCAGCACACAAUGGAUCCUAGAAUUUCUGGAAAUGAUCGCCAAACCUACGUAACUCAAUUGGAAGAGCUUACUUUUCAGGUUUCUGAACUCAAACGCGAAUUGGGGCAAUGUUUUGAUGAGAAGCAAGAAAUCGCAACGGAACGAGAUAUAUAUCGUAAUAAAUGUGAUCGAUUGAACAAUGAAUUAAAUUAUAUUUUAAGUGGAGAUGAACGAAAAAUUCAAGAUAUCGACACCUUAAUAACUGAAAGCAGAAUCUUGAAAGAGCAAAUCCAAUCGUUGGAACUGGAAAAGUCUUUGGCAUUGAGCACAGUAACUAAAUAUAAAAAACUUUUAGAUCGAAAGUUGUCGAAAAACUCAUCAGUUAGCAGUGAAAGUUGUAUAACACCAGCAACUUCACCUAAACAUCAAGAGAAGACAAUUUGACAUUGAACAACAUUUCACUGAAGAUGCUCUUGAAACAGCCUUCAGAUGGAUGAGUAACCUGCAUUCAUAUUAUGCAUUCAAAUCAUGAUACUUUGAGGCACUGUCAUUCAAUAUCUCUGUGAUAUAUGUUCGUGUGAUUAUUAUUAUUAUUAUUAUUAUU